AUCCCGGAGGAGGAGCGCGGUCGCUCCAUCUCCCUCUGAAUGCUGGUGUUCCCUUCCAGUUCCAUGAGGAUGGCUUCCUUGUGCUGGAGCGUUUCUUCACCGCGGAGGAGUGUGACAGGAUGAGGGAUCGGAUUCAGCGCGUUAUAGCCGAGAUGGAAGUGCCUCCGCACUGCCGCACCGAGUUCUCCACCAAGGAGAAGGAGCAGCUCCAGGCGCAGGGCAGCUCAGAUUAUUUCCUGAACAGUGGAGACAAGAUUAGAUUCUUUUUUGAGAAGGGUGUUUUGGAUGAGAAAGGUAACUUUCUCAUUCCAAAGGAGAAAUCUAUCAGCAAGAUUGGCCAUGCUUUACACGCUUACGAUCCGGUCUUCAAGCAAAUCACUCACUCCUCCAAGGUGCAGGAACUGGGAAGAAAACUAGGCCUUGAGAGUCCAGUAAUUGUGCAAAGCAUGUAUAUCUUCAAGCAACCUGGCAUUGGUGGUGAAGUGACUCCACACCAGGAUGCCACGUUCCUGUACACAGAGCCCCUGGGCAGAGUCCUGGGCUUCUGGAUUGCACUGGAGGAUGCCACGCUGGAGAACGGCUGCUUAUGGUUCAUUCCUGGCUCUCACACCAGUGGAAUUACCCGGAGAAUGGUCCGUGCCUCACCAGGCACCUCAACGUGUGUAGAGUUUAUAGGGUCAGAGCCAACGUAUGAAGACAACAGAUUCAUACCUGUGCCUAUAAGCAAAGGUGGACUUAUUCUUAUCCAUGGUGAAGUUGUCCAUAAGAGUGAGUUGAACACGUCCGAGCUUUCUCGCCAUGCCUUCACCUUCCAUGUGAUGGAAGCCAAAGACACCAGCUGGAGCAAAGAGAACUGGCUCCAGCCAACUCCUGAACUGCCUUUUCCAUCACUCUAUACCUGAAAUUAGUGUUUGGCUUCUGCAGUCAAAUAGUUGAUUGAUAUUCCUUUCUGA